AGAGAGAGAGAGAGAGAGAGCGUGGUGGAGUAAAGCUAUGCAAAGACCGUGUCUUGGAGUUAUAUUGCCAUUACGCACGAUUACGCACUGACAGCUACUUUCAGGUGGAGAGCGCUUAGCGGUAAGAAGCGCAAUCUUGGAUUCCUCACAUAUACAGGAGGAAGAACACAGUUUUUUAUCAACAUUCAGCCAAUCUUCAGCAGAACAGCUUGAUCUUCACAGCAGAGUCCAGCUGCCAUUCAUCCGCACAGGAAUGGUGGAUCACUUGCCGCUUGGUGAGGAGACCUUCCUGUAUUACACCCGCUCCCCGGGGUCUGACUAUAAAUGCCCAUGCUGCCACGCCAAUGGUAGCGUGUCACCGGGUAUCAUGGUAACUGAUGCAUGUAUCUACCACCACCACCACCACCACCACCACCCCUACCAAGGGGUGACACUCUCGUCUUCGCCUCACCAGUCUGAGGAUGACCUCAGCGACUCCUCCAGCCCUCGUUCCUCCCUCUGCUCCAGCCCCGAGUCCUCGUCGCAGACAUCGCAGCACCUUCUCAGCUCAAGCUACGAGAGCAGGAGCAGCAGGAGCAGUGGGAGCUCUUCAGGAGGAGAGAGUCAAGACAGCCUGCUGGACCUCCUUCUCUCACAGGCAUCCCUCACCACCUCAAUAAACUAUAAUGCCAGCAGCAGCUCUCUCUCCUCUCCUGCAUCUUCAUCUCUGUCCCUAUCCUCCCCACCUUCCUCUUCCUCCUCGUCUCCCACUGCUCCCCUUUUACCCAUGGGCCUGGCCUGGGAGUCCAAGAGGGAGCAACGGCUGAGUGUCCUCCAGCAGCAGGCCAAAGACGACAGCUACGAGUUCCCCGUCUUCUUAGACGAGCUGCAGGAUCCUGCAGCGCUCCUCUUUCAGCCCACCCUGGAGGAGAUUGAGGAGUUCCUGGAGGAGAACAUGGUGGUGGCGAUGGAGAAAGAAGAGGAGGGGAGUGAUGAAGAGAUGUCACAGAUGCCAGAGGACGUUGAGGCGGAAAGUACAAGGACAAUAGCGGGAGAAGUCAUAUCAGCGUUGCAGAACUCAGAUCAGACUGUGCCUGUGGCUCAUUCUCCACUGUCCUCCUACACAGAGACCAAACAUACACCAUGUGCCUCUGACAUGGACAGCUCACCAUCAACAGUGGAUGCUAGUUGUAUAGCUGGCACUAGUUCUUCUUUUAGUGGAGUUGAUGGGAUCAAACAGGAGGACUGUGGAUCACCGUCAGCCUCAUCAGAUGGUACCAAUGCUGCCUCCAGUGUGCCUGUCAUCUUACAAAUCCAGCCCAUACAGAUCAAACAAGAGCCCAGCCCCAGUGCCAUAUCAGAUGCUGUCACCCAGCAAGCCCAACCCCAGAAAACCCAAUCCCAGGCAACACAGGCCCAAUCGGAUAUCAAAAUCGCCCAGCUCCUGGUUAACAUCCAGGGGCAAACCUUUGCCUUGGUGCCUCAGCUGCUUUCCCCAGCAAACAUUGCUAAUGCAGGCAAAAAUGGAGGCGCUUGUUCGUCCAAAUUUGUCCGUAUCGCGCCGGUUCCCAUUGCCGCCAAACCCAUGGGGCUCGGGGAAGGCGGGUUGGGCGGAGGUUCGGCUGCGGGUGUGCUCGCCGGCGGCCAGAGGUACCAGAAGAGUGCUGUAGCAGACCUUAUUAAAAUGCACAAGUGCUCUUUUCCCGGCUGCAACAAGAUGUACACCAAGAGCAGCCACCUUAAAGCUCACCUGAGGAGGCACACGGGGGAGAAGCCCUUCGCCUGCACAUGGCCCGGCUGUGGAUGGAGGUUCUCCCGAUCGGAUGAGCUGUCCCGACACCGGCGCUCCCACUCCGGAGUGAAACCAUACCAGUGCAUCGUCUGCGAGAAGAAGUUUGCCCGCAGUGAUCACCUGUCGAAACACCUCAAAGUCCACCGCUUUCCACGAAGCAGCAGGACAGGACGCUCUGCAAACUGACCCCCCUAACCCCGCUCUGACAGACUGACGUUAAGCAGAGGAGGGUGGAGGAGGGGGGGCAAUGGAGGGCUGGAGAGAGAGAGUUCGGGGUGGGGGGGGGUUCCUGUAUGUGUGCGUGUUUGUGACGAAAGACAGAGAGGGAGGGGGGUGAAAGUCCAAACACCCUUUAAAAGGAGUCCGUGCAGGACUCUUUUGCUCGUGUGUGUUUAUGUUCAAAUAUGUACGCGUGACGUACAUUCAUGGUACUGUGAUAAUUUAUUGGGUGGCGAGGAAAAGACUGUAAAAAAACUAAACUAAAAACAGAAAACUGUUACUUGACACAACAGCCUCACAGGUGGAAUAAGCUUCUUGUAUACUUUUUUUGUCUCACUCAAAUCUAUUCUAAUUUGAAGAAAGAGUAUUUUUUCACUUUGAGGUGUGUGGUAUUGUUCAUGUUGGAGUCAAAAGCCUUAUAUCAGUAAAAGGGGUCUGCUACUAUUUAAAACCCCCAGUGAUUUUUUUUUACCUUCCUGGAGCCAAAUGUUGUUGAAAGAUAAUGCUGUUAGCAAAAACUAAUUUCUUAAUGUCUUGAAAUGUAUUUGUUGCCCAGCAACAAGAACUUACUGGACAUUGUAUUAAGAAGUAUUGGGAACUAUCGAGGGGCCUUGGUUUAAUUCUUUCUUCAUAGACGAUGUGUCAACAUUCCUUUAGCUUUGAAUGAAUCUCUUUGUUUCCUUUGAGUUUAAUUACAGGGAAUAAACACACUGUAGUAAUCUCAAACUGAAAAACAAAGCUCAAAUUCAUGUUGAAUUACUGCUCACCACCAAGAUCAUAUCACGACGUAAUUUACACUGACACAAAUUUCUGGUCAUCUGCCCAUACUGCGUAGAAUUUUACAACAUUGUGAAUUAUUGUUCUUCAAAAAACACCUUGUUUGUAUCAACUGGUCAAAAGACUUCAUCCAAUAAUGAAGCACAACUAUUUUCAACUCAUGAUAUGGUGCUACUUUGCAUCAUAUCAUGAAAGUAUAGAUAGAGACAAACAUUUGUCUCUUGGUUUUGUCAUGUUCUCUUAAGAUGUUAACCAUAUCAUUUGUUACUUCAUACCACUGCUGUCAAAGUAAUAUUAAAAUAAUAGAGCAUGGUAAACUACAAAGAGAAACAAGAAAAAGCUUCAAAUCACUCUUCUUCCCACAUAGUAAUUUCAAUACAGACUGACAUUUUAUACAUCAUGGGAAAUGAAUGAAAAGAUGAACAUCUGGAAUUUUUGUGCUUGUUGCUCUUUAGUUGAAACUGGAAUUGUGUACAGCAACAUCAUCAAUAACAAAUUCACCCAGACCAUAAAAAUAAAUGUCUUGUGCGAGGUUAUGUAACUUCAUAAUCUUAAAAUUAAGAUUAUGCAAUGGUGUCCACUGUUUCCACAAGUGGCAAUUAUAGGAUAAUGAUAACUAAUAAAUUUGACUUAGUGAUGUCAGCUACGCAGCAAUAUCUAUGUAAAGUUUGUUAACCUUAGCCAAUGUUAGCCCCAAUAAGCUACUUGUCAUACCAGAGGUUGCAGCGGGAAAACCUCUGAGUGUAUUGGAUUAAGAAAGGGAGUGUCUGAAUUAAACUUUUCAUUUGUAAGAUAAUGAAUGUGCUAUGUCUUCUUUCAAAAGUUACAUAGACUCGCUUAAAUAUUUGGAAUGUUUUAGGUGUCAGUUGAGAAAAAAAGAGUUUUCAGUUUGCGCCCAUAAGAGCCUCUUCUCUUACCAAAUCAAGUUUUAGCUUUUUCUGCUUCUCCCAACACAUUAAUUUCAAUAGAGAUUAAAAUAUUUACAUAUCAGAUGAAAUGAAAAGAUUUACAUAUCAAAUUUAACAGUUUUUUUGUUUGUUUUUUUGUACUUGUUACUCUAGAAAAGAAAUGUAUGCAGCUACAGCAUCAAAUAACAAAUUCAUAGGAAAUCUUUAGCAAUCUCUUUCAUUUACUCUGGUCUACUUGUUAGCAGUGAAAAGCACCCAGAAAACACUAUUAUCUGUCAUUUUGAACAUAUGAAAUCUCUUGCCUUUGUCUUUGUACUGUAAGGGAACAGUGACUCUUUUGCUUUUCAUUACAUUACAUGUACAUGUAUAGAUUUCUUUAUUCUGUUUUUUGCAUCUCAGUUGAAUUAAACCAAAUGAAUCAUGGGGGGGAAGGGGGGGAACACAAAAUGCCUACUGCACAGAGUCCAGAGAUGGAUUGUUGUGCCAUAAGGUCGAAGCUAAGGAUCAGUUGACAACAUUAAGUAUUGAAAUGGUUUGAAGAUAGGAAUGUAUCAGUUUAAACCGGCUGUUUUUGGAUAUGUUUGAUUCGCUGAAACCUACAAUGUUUGACAAACCCUUUGGGUGUUUAGUGCACAGCACGUGAAUAAGACGCUGUAUGGGGAAAGUGUAUUAUCUCUGCCAGGCAUUCCUUCCAUAGCUACAAUCAGAAAAGACACUUUUCUGAGUGGGUGUUUUAUGUGAACCCAUGAAUGUAUGUAAAUACUGAAUGUGCAUUUGGAAGGAGAACGGAAAUAUUCUUCUAAUGAUUUCUGUGAUUGUGAACAUUUUUUAAAAAUAUGUAAAGAAAGUGUACAUAACAUGAUAAUUCAAAUAUAUAUAGUGUAAAAAAAAUAUGGCAACUUUUUUGUCAGGUGUUUACGUGACACAUUAUUAAAACAGCUCAUAAAAUGUUUCAUGAUUCAUCCAUGGAUCCGCAUUUGAAUGCAUUUAUGUAACAGUUUUGUGACUUGCACAUAUUUUGACAGGUGCAAAAUGCAGUACAAUAUAAUGUAUUGUGACAGUCUGUUUUAAAUGUGCUUGAUUAACACUUAAAUACAAAAAGAGUUGCUACAAAUGUUAUAUUUUUGCUUUUGUUCUUCUAUGUAAAACACAUUUACAAUAAAAAUCCCAAA